CGUUGAUCUUAACGCGGCGGUUCUCGGCAGGAGCCGGGCGUGGUCAGAGCGGAAGAACAAGUUGAAAAAAGAAAGAGAAAGUGGAGAAGCAGAGAGAAGGAGGCAGAGGGAAGGAGGCAGAGGGACGGAGCGAACAGGCGGAGUCGCGGCCGCAUGAACCGACGCCGCGCGGAGGAGCGGAGCCUUCAUAUUUUCGGACGAGGAGGAGGCGUUGAUGGAGGAAGUCUUAUAGGAGAACAAACUGAUUUUCAGCCCGCGGAGGAGGAGGAGGAGGAGGUGUUGGUGGGGGGGAGGAGGAGGAGGAGGCCGGGCCUGCGAACAGAACCGGGACAGACAUGGAGCUGGAGAACAUCGUGGCCAACACUGUCCUGCUGAAGGCCCGGGAAGGAGGUGGCGGAAACCGAAAAGGGAAGAGUAAAAAAUGGAAGCAAAUGCUACAGUUCCCCCAUAUCAGCCUGUGUGAGGAGCUACGACAAACCACAGAGAAGGACUACACCAGCCUGUGUGAGAGGCAGCCCAUUGGACGGCUGCUCUUCAGGCAGUUCUGCGAGACGCGGCCGGAGCUCCGCCGAUGUGUGAAGUUCCUGGACGCCGUGGCAGAAUAUGAGGUGACGCCGGACGAGAAGAGGAAGGCCUGCGGGCAGGAAGUCCUGGACAAGUACUUCAGCUCAAAGUCAGAGGACCACGUUCCAGAGGUAGAAGACUCCAUGGUAACUCAGUGUGUCCAGAGACUGGAGCAGGAGGCCUGCAAAGAGCUCUUCAAGGAGUGUACCAAAUUGAUCCAUGACUACCUGAGCGUGGCUCCCUUCACAGACUACAUCGACAGCAUGUACUACAACAGAUUCCUCCAAUGGAAAUGGCUGGAGAGCCAACCGGUCACGAAGAACACGUUCCGACAGUACCGGGUGUUGGGAAAGGGAGGCUUCGGAGAGGUGUGUGCGUGUCAGGUACGAGCCACUGGGAAAAUGUACGCCUGUAAAAAGCUGGAGAAGAAGAGGAUCAAGAAGAGGAAAGGGGAGUCCAUGGCCCUCAAUGAGAAGCAGAUCCUUGAGAAAGUCAACAGUAGAUUUGUGGUGAGUUUGGCGUACGCCUACGAGACGAAGGACGCCCUGUGUCUGGUGUUGACUCUGAUGAACGGCGGGGACCUCAAGUUUCACAUCUACCACAUGGGAGAGGCCGGCUUCGAGGAAAAGAGAGCCAUCUUUUACUCGGCCGAGAUCUGCUGUGGCCUGGAGGACCUCCACCGGGAGAGGAUAGUCUACAGGGAUCUGAAGCCAGAGAACAUCCUGCUGGAUGAUCAUGGCCACAUCAGGAUAUCAGACUUGGGCCUGGCCGUCCAUGUACCAGAGGGUCAAACCAUCAAGGGACGAGUAGGGACCGUUGGAUAUAUGGCUCCGGAGGUGGUGAAAAACGAGCGCUACACCUUCAGUCCUGAUUGGUGGGCACUGGGCUGCCUGCUGUACGAGAUGAUCGAGGGCCAGUCGCCCUUCCAGCAGAGGAAGAAGAAGAUCAAGAGGGAGGAAGUGGAGCGUCUGGUCAGAGAGGUGGAGGAGGAAUACUCCAACAAGUUCUCGGAGCAAGCCAAGUCCCUCUGCAAAAUGCUGCUGGCUAAAGACCCCACAGAGAGGCUUGGCUGCCAAGGGGAUGGCGCUUCAGAGGUCAAAGGUCAUCCCAUCUUCCGUUCCAUCAACUUCAAACGACUUGAGGCUGGCAUGCUGCAGGCGCCCUUCGUCCCUGACCCCCAGGCCAUCUACUGUAAAGACGUGCUGGACAUCGAGCAGUUCUCCACGGUGAAGGGAGUCGAGCUGGAGGCUAAAGACGAGUCCUUCUACAGCAAAGUUUCUACCGGCAGCGUGUCCAUUCCCUGGCAGCACGAGAUGAUUGAGUCGGAGUGUUUCGCGGAGCUGAAUGUUUUCUACCAGGAUGGGUCAGUUCCUCCUGAUCUGGACUGGAGGGGUCAAACCAGCCCUCCUCCCAAACAGGGCCUGCUGCAGAGACUGUUCGGCCGACAGGACUGCUGUGGGAACUGCAGCGACAGCGACGAGGAGCCCGCCAGGCUGUGACAAAAAACGAACCCCGCCACAAACACACACCAACACCCCCCCCCCACACACACACACACGUAUACACGAACACAUGUACAGAGAGAUGCCUCAACUUCCAAGCCUCACACACACACACACACACACACACACACACACACACACACACACACACACACACACACACACACACACACACACACACAGAGGUUCUAAUUUGUUUACAACUUUUGCACAUUUGUAUUUUCUAAGUCGAUCUGUAUCUGUAUAUACGUGUGGGAAUGUACGUGUUCAGCUCGGCCAUGUUGGAUUGAUUUAAAGCGAGGGGGGGCGAGGGGGGCGGGGGGGCGUGCUGAGGGCCUGGCGACCCACACAAACCGCUGGCCUGCCGGCGGGUUUUUAACUGAUCCACGUGGAUGUUAGCUGAGCGGCCACGCUCCCUCGUUCAUCCAAAGACUCAUGUUCACAUCUGAGAUCCAGCAGCUGCCCCUCGUUGUCCGCUGUUCCUCUUCAACACAGUGCCUUGCUCAAGGACGCCUCAGCAGCAUCUGCCGAGGAAAGAGAGAGCGAUACCACUUUCCUCCGCCCAGACGUUUCUCCGUUGGUUCGCUCGGGUUUGGAACCAGCAACCUUGUGGUUUCGGCCACAGCUAAACCCGAUUCUGGUCGCUAACAGGGCGGGAUCAGGUCUGUGGUCUGAUCCGGCUCUCGACGUCACUCUUUUCUUUUCUGAUCGUUUUAUUUCUCCUUCCGAGUCGUCCGGGUGCGCGACUGAGCCCAGAAGGCCGUGGCGUCGUGUCCACAGAGGAGACGGUCACACCCAGGAGGUCCACAGGGAGGUCUCACUUCAGUGUGCUGGUCGAGGUCUAGUCAUCCAGAUCCGGUUUUAUGACGUCAUAAACCUUUAAUCGCAUCCAUUAUUGGCAGUGCCUGUUGUGCCCCCGCACCUCCCGGUUUGAGCCUGUUGCUGCUCUCCUCACCGCGCUGAGCCUGACCACCGCCACACUUACUCAUCUUAUUUCUUUACUUUCAAUCCCGAAUACUGAGAAGCGGCCCUGCCGGGCCACGCAGGUGCGGGUGCUGGAGGGUGUCGUGGUGUAAACCGCGCUGGACCCACUGGGAAGCGCCGAGGGAGAUGGUGUCGAGACGGCUGCGUUUCCUGAAAAUGAUCUAAAAACAAAGAAACGUUGGUUUGAAGUGUCAGGUCUGAAUUUCUGACCGCUGUCUCACAAGAGGUCGGCGACGGUAAGCAGCAGGAGCACGGUCCCCCUCUGGACGCCAGCGUCCCCCAUAACACGGCCACUGUAAGGGAAUUUAAAGUCACGCGACUCUCAUCCCCUUUUGUUGGGGUUCAUUUCUGCUGACGUUUUGGUGCGGUCACGUCCACAAAACCAGAACCCGUGCAUCAUUCCACACCGAAGGCCCAUCUGAACAUGACAGGGAACUGGUGGGAAUCGCCCUGGAAUGUGCACGGCCUCCUCCUCCUCUUACUCAUUAAAGCGUCAUUGUGUGGCGCAGGGGUUAGCGCGGUCGCCUCACAGCGAGAAGGUCCUGGGUUCGAGCCCCGGGGGAGUCCAACCUCGGGGGUCGUCCCAGGUCGUCCUCUGUGUGGAGUUUGCAUGUUCUCCCCGUGUCUGCGUGGGUUUCCUCCGGGCGCUCCGGUUUCCUCCCACAGUCCAAAGACAUGCAGGUCAGGUGACUCCGCCGUACUAGAUUGUCCCUAGGGGUGGACGUGUGUGACGGCCUGGCGGCCUGUCCAGGGUGUCUCCCCGCCCACCGCCCGAUGACUGCUGGGAUAGGCUCCGGCAUCCCCGCGACCCUGAGAGCAGGAUAGGCGGUUUGGAUAAUGGAUGGGUGGGUGGGUGGUUGUGAUGAUCCACUUCAUGUUAUUGUAGUCCUGUGGUGUGGCUCGGUGGAGUCCAGGAUCCUCUGGAAACGGACUGACGGCUGCUGGUUUUCUGUCGUCUGGGCUUCAGCGAGGUCUUCGGGAGCCCUGCAGAAACAACUUUGCUUUAAUGUACUUUCUGUAUUUGUGCAAGUCAACUAAACGUAAACAUUUCACUGCCAACAGGUGUACUGGUGUAGUAGAAGUACUCCAGAUUACACAAGUACUCACUACUACCGAGUCAGUGUCGGAUCUGAAACGUAGAGUAAUGCAACAGUAUAUUUAUAAGUAUGUUUUAGUUCCCCACAGUUGGUAUUGUAGGGAAUUCGAGGGGCAGCCGGGAACUGCCGCAGCCUGGAACUGCCGCAGCCUGGAACUGCCGCAGCCGGGACACGAACCCGGGUCUCCCGCACCACGGGCAACUAGCUUAACCAGUCGACUAAAGGGUCCGACCCGUUAGCCCAGGGCUAGCGAGUCUAUUCAUCCGUGAUCCCUACAGUAUACUUUUUGUACCUGUGCAUACGUAAUAACACGUAUGUACUGUAAGUACACCAUUAUUUCAAUAAGGGGAAGUAGAAAACCAGCAGCACUCAGGGUUUCUACUCGGGUUCUACUCGGUGUCGACGUCCUCCGUGUUGGUUUGAAAGGAGGAUGGCCGUGUGCACGAAAGGAUGGCGAAUAACAUGCAACGGGACAGUUGUGUAUGGAUGGUGUGAGCAGUCGACCAGGUUAUCUUUAUCAUCUCCCGAGACAUUUCGGUGUCAGGAACCACGUGGACCUCUCUUAACGGGUCUGUUUGGGUGCCGCCGGUGCAGUUGUUCAGGACUGAAGCGUUGUUCCUGGUUUGGUUUUGGGUCGGACGCUGAAGCAGAACCAGCAGAAGUCCAGUGAACCCCUUUUAAGAGUUCUCCUUCAAAAGGCUGCUUACUCGUUUGAUGUGGGAGAAGAAGUGGGUAGCUAGGUUUAGGAUUCUACGUCUGUAAGUUCUGACUUGAUCCGUUGUGUACGCCACGUCAUCCUCUGCUACAGAACUGCGGGGGUUUGCCGUGCCAUCCCACUCCUGCAAAUGCAAAAGAGAAACCCCCUUCUCGACCCGUCAUGUAGAAACCUCUAGCCACCGGCUGCUGCAGCCUGUCCAAGUCACGUCUUCUCAGUAGAGCUCAAAAGAAUAAACGCAGUCAAACAUCCACCUUUCUGACUUGUGGUCCGGGAACCCCCCUGUGGCUGAAAGUGGAAGUGAAUUUGGCUGUGCUUCCAAAUGGCUGCAGCGGGCUCAUGGUUCUGGUGGGUCUACAUCUGUAUGACCACCUGACCACCAUGAAGCUUCUCAUCGGUACAUGUUUGCUGUACUCUCAGAACAGGGUGAAGGACACCAGGCACAUCUCUUGAGUGUUUGGUGCAGUUGGCCGCCGGCAGUCGUCUGACCUUCUCAUCACACGCGAGGUCAUGAAGGUUAAUAUAGAGGCGUUUUCAUUUAAACCCACUAGACAGUAGGACCUAUGGUGCACAGUGUCCACAGACAACUGAAGGUUGCUGAUGCUACAACCACAACUGUUGUUUGUGUAGUUUUAGCAAACAGGGGUGAAGGAACAGCAAACUCCUCCUCAGCUCCAAGACUGUCAACAUUUUAAAUCAACCAAUCAAAAAAAGGAUUUCCAGAGUCGGAGACAGUUUGCCACGAAAUGAGUUAAGAAGCAAACUACUUCUAAGUAAUGCCGGUGACCCUAGAAAGGCCUGAGAUCAUUUACAACGCCCUCCUCUGCACUCUCCUCCUCUCUCUUUGGUACCUCAUGUGACUAAAUCUGUUUCCACGACAACGUCGGUUUGUGACGCGUUGAACUCAUGACGGGAAAAUCACCCCUGGUGGUGAAUACGAGGAUAACAAGACUGAGCGAGGGGACGACUGGAAUGAAAAGACUUCAAACCUUCUACGGAACUGUGAAUCCCUGGGCUCAACCCCCCCCCCAUAAUCCAUGAACUUUGAACUCUGACUCGUCUCUCCAGUGACGUUUGAACAGACGGAGAGAUGAUGGAGGUAACUCUGAAGGGGGGGGGGGUCACAAAUGGCCUUCGUGGAACCCUCAAGCCUGCAUUCCAGCCAGCCUGCCCGCCUGUACAGUGUAAACUACUGCCCCUCCUGCUCCACCUCACCCAUCACCUCCCUGUCCUGCAGGUUUAAGUAACGAUAACCGCUGUGAUCAUAAAGCUGUGCUUGUGUGUGUGUGUGUGUGUGUGUGUGUGUGUGUGUGUGUGUGUGUGUGUGUGUGUGUGUGUGUGUGUGUGUGUGUGUGUGUUUCCUCUCGUGUGUUGUGAACACUGUAAGAAGAGAGGGCGUCUGCGUUGAACCACGUGUCAUCACUUUCCUUGCAAUGCACUGAUCUGUCUGUUUCUGUGUGUGUGCGUGUGUGCGUGUGUGUGCGUGUGUGCGUGCGUGUGUGUGCGUGUGUGUUGCCGUUCUACAGGUAGACAUGUUUAACGUUGUCGAGCCUGGACUGAUAAAGGCUGAGACGAUAAAGUUUUGUUAUUUCGAAGCGAAGUUUCCCUCUGGUACAUUUAUAUGAAAGACCCUCUUCCUCACUCGAGUUUACUGCUCAAUGUUGUAUAAAAGAGUCUCUCAUUUGCCUUUGUUAUGAAAACUGUCAACUUGUGUUGCAAGCAAAUGACUCAUUCAUGCCCAAUACCGAGUAUUUCUCCAUGGACUUUAAUUAAAGUUGAAUUGUCAUGCCAGCAGCUCUGCGGUGAAGUUACUCGCGUGUGUCCAUGGGCGAUAUUUCUGGAAAACUCUUCAAGUCCACUUCCCUGCUGCUUGGUGGAGCCCCAGGCCUGAU